GACAUGCUUCCUCUCCGGAAGUUGCAGCAUGAAGAAAGAGCAAGUUGCACACUGUCAGUUCUCGGUUUGGUAUCCGAUAUUUAAGAAACACACCAUUAAAAGUCUGAUCCUGCCACUGCCUCAGAAUGUAAUAGACUAUUUACUGGACGAUGGGACGUUGGUAGUCUCUGGAAGUGAUCACAACUCUCAGCCGAUACAAUCCAACAACAGCGACUCAGAUGCUGAGGAGGACAUCCAGUGGUCGGAUGAUGAGACGACAGCCACAGCCACUGCGCCUGAAUUCCCAGAAUUCACCUCUACGGUGGAGGAGGCCAUAAGCGCCCUGGGCGGGCGUGUCUUCCCCAAACUCAACUGGAGCGCUCCGCGGGACGCUAACUGGAUCGCUCUGAACAGCUCGCUGCAGUGCUGCAGCCUCAGCGACAUUUUCCUGCUCUUCAAAAGCUCCGACUUCGUCACACACGACCUCACUCAGCCAUUCCUUCAGUGCAGCGACCAAGACUCUCCAGAUCCUGUCAUCAGUUAUGAGCUGGUGCUGAGGAAGUGGAGCGAGUUGAUUCCUGGUGGAGAGUUUCGCUGCUUCGUCAAAGAAAACAAGCUGAUUGCAAUCUCCCAGAGGGAUUACACGCAGUACUACCAGCACAUCCUGAAGCAGGAGGAGCAGAUCUCCCAGGCCAUCCAGGACUUCUUCAGCCAGCACGUCCAGUACAACUUCCUGGACGAAGACUUCGUGUUUGACGUGUACAGAGACUGUCAGGGGAGGGUUUGGCUCAUCGACCUGAACCCUUUUGGAGAGGUGACCGACUCGCUGCUGUUCAGCUGGGAGGAGCUGAUGUCUGGUGGGGAAAUCCCCCAUCAGCAGCAGGAGGGUCCGGCGUUCCGCUACACUACGAGCGAGGUAACGGUGCAGCCCAGUCCCUGUCUGAGCUACAGGAUCCCCCGGGACUUCGUAGACCUCUCUACCGGAGAGGACGCCUACAAGCUCAUCGACUUCCUGAAGCUGAAGAAAAGCCAGCAAGAGGAAUCUGAAGAGGAGGAAAAUCCUCCACAGUGAUGUCUGCCAUCUGUUUUCCUCGGCUCAUGCUGUUCUUCUCACACGUCGGUCAGAAGCGAGCACUCUGCUCUGAAGCAGGACUUAUAAUUAAUAUUAGAGCAUCAUGCUGCCGACUCCUGAUGAUCCGAUUCUUCUGUCCGGUUCUUAUAAUCCUGAGCAGAGCUGAUUGGAGGACGUUACGCUCCAUAGAUAUCGCCUGCUUCUAUAUAGUGAUGUCAUUUCUUCUAUCAGUUCUGGAGGGUUGGAUAGAAGAAAAAAAACAAAUUAAAUGCAGGCUUCUCUACAUAUUUAAGUGUUUUUGUUUUUAUUUGCAUCUAAACAAGUAAAAUGAACCUUUUACUCUUUUCAUGUG